CAAGGAACUGGUAUCGGAGCCGGUUACUAAGACUAGGAGGUCUAUCACACCUUGGCCCAGUAGUGUGGAAAACCGGAUCAGGAUCCAACUAACUCGGAUGAGAUCUCUACGGGAGAUCACGGAAAGGCUGCGGAGCGAAGAGGCAGGAGCCCUUCGCUAUGAUGAGCUCCAAUCAAAUCGGAUCGUGGUAGGGGACACGUGGUCCAAAUUCUCGGCCUACCACGAGAAGCUGAUUGAGGAAUCAGGCGAAGAAGUAAUGGACCACCCUUACUUCGCCGAAGAUAUGUUCGCCCAGGCGGACAGAAUCUAUAGGAAGGCGAUGGACGAGCUAGGCCGUAGAGCGGCUAGUCUCCCACAACGCGGAUCGGGAACUCAACAGGGAUCCUCAACCAGCCAUUUGGAACGAUUACAGGUGCCGGAGUUCCACGGCACCUACUCGGAGUGGAGAAACUUCCACGACGCCUACGUAUCACUUGUCCACAGCCAGGCCGGCUAUUCGGAUAUGGACAAGAUGAUACGGCUAAGGAAGGCGCUAAAGGGAUCGGCGGCAGAGCUCAUCACCAACAUCGGGACGGGAGCUGCCCACUAUGAGACAGCCUGGAAGAAGCUCGUAGCCCGGUACGAGAACCCACGGCUGAUUAUGGCAGCUCAUUUAAAUCGGCUGUUGAAACUGAAGGACGUGAAGGAGCUAUCGUCUAAGAGCCUCCUUCAGGUAAUUGACGCGGUUACGGAAUCGCUCACGGCUCUCAAGAACCUCGGGGCACCGACAGAAUGGUGGGACAUAAUGAUCUGUCACCUAAUUAGGAGGUCUCUUGAUCGGAACUCCAGCCAGGACUGGGAGCUGAAGCUGGGAGACUCCACAGAUCCCCCGCAGCUGGAGACCUUCCUCGAGUUUCUCAGGGCCCGAGCAAGGGCCUGGGAAAAUAUCGAGAGGGAAGGGGAAAAGCUGACUUCGGAACGGCCGAAACAGUCAGCAAAGGUCCAUCACGGAACAUCAUCGGGACCAUCAUCAGAGGUUAAGGGAACCUCGAACAAAAGGACGGCAUGUGUGGCCUGCGGAGGGCCACACUGGAUUGGACCGGAGUGUGCCAAGUUCUUCGGCAUGAAUGCCGUUCAAAAGAGGCAGUUCCUCGUAGACGAGGGACUGUGUUACAACUGCUUGGGGCCUCAUCGGGCAACAAAAUGUAAGAGCACCAGGAGGUGUCGGCAUUGCAACGGGUUGCACCACACUCUCAUCCACGAGAGGAGGCACGAUACGCCGGAAAACUCAACAAAGGCCAGCACAUCAUCGGAGCCUAGCACGAGCGGAAACAUCACGGGAACCGGAACCGGAGCGAGCAUCAAGGCGGUUCCUGUCAACGAACAACCGGGACCAGCAUCACGCCAGGACCAACAACACGGCGCAUCACCAUCGGGGAAGAGGUCGACGACCUCUCAGAUUCAUCUCGGGGAAUCUUAUAACUCGGAAGUGUACCACCACUCGGAAAAUCUACCGGCAAAACAGCAAUAUUCGGGUGAUCAUCAACAUUCGGCGGAAAAUCAAUUCGGACAGAAAUCCCAUGAAGAAGCCAUGCCUCGUGAAGAGGAACCACUCUCGGAGAAGCAACCGGACAAUCACCACGGGGAUCAAUAUCAUUCGGAACCGCAGUCGGUCAAUCAGGUGGACACGCGCAACGUAUUGGAAGCUCAACAGAGCUGUCAACAGGGAAAUCAACUGGUCGUCCUGGCAACGGCAAGGGUUAUUGCCCUGAAUCACCACGGAUACUCAAGACCAGCAAGGAUCCUCAUCGACCAAGGCUCAGAAGUGUCAUUGGUAUCUGAGCGCUUGGUCAAUCAACUACAAUUGAAACGGAGGUCCUCAUCACUAUCAAUUGUCGGCAUCGGAGAAACUUCCUCGGGAAGCACGCGUGGGGUUGUGUCAUUCGACUUACAACCGAGACACAAUUCUACUGCGUUGCUCAACUUGGAGGCUCACAUCAUGAGCAAGCUCACGGCAAAGAUCCCACCAUUUGCCUGUGACACACGGACUCCCCAGGAACUUUGGAAACUCAAUUUGGCGGAUCGGACAUUCCUACAACCUGGGGCUAUCGACAUAAUCAUCGGAGCUGAUUACUACGGAAAAAUUAUCACGGACGGAAUUAUGAGAUACAACGGAACAGGUCUCAUAGCCCAGCAGACAUCCUUUGGCUGGGUAGUGUCGGGGCCAGUCUGCUGUACAGGCUGCGCUAAGAAGCGGUCACUGAGGGUGACCACACGGACCAUCAACCAACAAUUAUUGGACUGCUUAAAGAAGUUCUGGACGCAGGAAGAAAUACCGGACAACCCAUCAACGGUAAUGAGUAAGGCUGAUGCAGAAUGCGAGCAGCAUUUUGUGGAAACUCAUAGAAGAGACGCAACGGGACGGUAUACAGUACGUCUACCGUUUAAAUCAUCGCCUGCCGUCCUAGGGGAUACAGCAUCGACGGCUCGGAUUCGCUUACAGAAGCUCAACAGGCGAUUGGCGGCAGAUCCACAGGCUCAUACACUAUACCGGAAAUUCAUUAAGGAGUAUGAGGCCUUGGAUCACAUGCAACGGGCACCAUCGACGUCAGAGACACGGUUGGCAUACUACUUGCCUCAUCACGGAGUGCUGAGACCGGAUAGCACGACGACCAAACUAAGGGUCGUAUUCGACGCUUCACAUCGAAGCUCUACGGGAGUGUCACUGAAUGAUAUCCUUCAUUCAGGACCAAAACUUCAAACGGAGUGCUCUGACGUCCUCAUCUGGCUUCGUCGGCAUCGAUUAGUCUUCGGAGCGGACAUCGAGAAAAUGUUCCGCCAGAUUCGCGUCCAUCAGGAUGAUUGGGACUAUCAACGAAUCUUCUGGAACGACGACGGCCAGAUCAUCGAAUAUCAGCUAACAACGGUCACUUACGGGACCAGCUGUGCACCUUGGCUGUCUCUUCGGGUGCUGAAGCAGCUGGCAAUCGAUGAAGCUCAUCGAUUUCCUUUGGCUUUAUCAACGUUCGCACGGGGGCGAUACGUUGACGAUAUCUACGGAGGUGCAGAAACCGAAGAGGAAUUGGGAAAAAAUAAUCAAGGAUCUAAUCGGACUCUGCAUGGCGGGCGGCAUGCCACUGCAGAAAUGGUGCAGCAACGCGCCACGGACACUCGGACAACUCGGAAUAUCGGCGGAAUCAGCUCUAACUAUCGAAUUCGGGGAAUCAUCAGUGAAAGUGCUGGGCCUCUGCUGGCAGCCUCAGACAGACACUUUCCACUUCAAGGCAAGAAACUUCAGCGGAGACACCAUCACCAAACGCGUAAUCCUGUCCGAGAUUGCGCAAAUUUAUGAUCCUUUGGGACUAAUAGCACCGGUCACCAUCACGGCAAAAAUAUUUAUACAAGAAUUGUGGCUGCUCAAGCUCGACUGGGACGAGCAAAUACCAAUGACACACACUAAACGGUGGAGAAGUUUCAGGGAGGAACUUCAA